AUGGAUGCGUCCCGGGGAUCAGAACUAUCAUCAGGUUAUAAUUCCGCGGUCGAGAGGCUGAGGGAGACGGAGUAUCCAAUGCUCAAUGGUUCCAUCUACCUCGACCAUGCAGGCACGACCUUAUAUCCCAAGUCCCUGGUGGACAGGUUUGCCAGUGAGAUGACAAGCAGUCUGCUUGGGAAUCCGCACUCGGCAUCGCCUUCUUCUCAAUUGUCCACUGCCCGCAUCGAAGACACUCGGCUACGGGCCCUACAGUUUGUCAAUGCUGACCCGGCCGACUUCGAUCUCGUUUUUGUGGCGAAUGCCACCGCUGGCAUCAAGUUGGUCGCUGAAGCCUUGAGAGCUGUCCCUGGGGGUUUCGACUAUGCCUACCACCAGUCGUCUCACACAAGUCUGGUCGGUGUACGUGAAGAGGCUCGCGCUAGCGCUUGUCUGGGCGAUGCCGCGGUUGAGGAAUGGCUGGCAGGCCAAUCGCCCUUCCAACCUGAGGCUGAGAGUGCAGCUACCACAGUCCUUGCGUAUGCUGCGCAGUCGAAUAUGGAUGGUCGGAGAUAUCCAAUGGAUUGGUCGCGACGCCUCAGGAGCCUUGACUGGCCCUUCGGCUCUUCUUGCUUGACCAUUCUGGAUGCUGCUGCUCUUGCACCAACCGCGCCCCUGGAUCUCGGCAACUCGGAUAUGGCUCCAGACUUCACAGUGCUUAGCUUCUCAAAAAUAUUUGGAUUUCCUGACCUGGGGGCCUUGAUUGUGAGACGCCAGGCAUUUUCCACCUUCGAUUUCAAAAGGUACUUUGGUGGAGGCACUGUUGAAACAGUCGUCACUAACAAGGAGCAAUGGCAUGCUCCCAAGACUCACCGACUUCACGAACGUCUCGAAGACGGUACCCUACCUAUUCACAGUAUCAUCGCACUGGAUAUAGCGAUGCGCGUCCACAGGGGUUUAUUUGGUUCGAUGAGUGAUGUGGCAUCCCAUGUGUCGUGCUUGACACGGCGUCUGCGCGAAGGUUUACAACAACUGCGACACCGCAACGGUACGCAGGCCGGGGCCUGGGUCAGCCUCGCCGAGGUCGAGAAGCUGGCAAGCCUGAAAAGUUUCCACAUUCGAACCGGAGGAGUAUGCAACCCUGGAGGUAUAGCUUCUGCUCUGGAUCUCGAGCCAUGGGAGAUCAGAAGGAAUUUCUCUGCCGGCUUCCGCUGCGGGUCGGAGAAUGAUAUCAUUGCGGGUAAACCAAGCGGUGUGAUCAGGGCCAGUCUUGGUGCGAUGAGUAGCAUUGCUGAUGUCGAUGCGUUCGUGGCAUUCAUCGCAGAGUUCUUCUGCGAGCAGAAUUUGCCCAAUGAGGGGUCCAAUGGUUCACCUUCAGAAACGGAAUUGCAACCCGAUUUAGUCGUUGCUGACAUCACGGUCUACCCCAUCAAAAGCUGCGGCGGGUUCACCAUCCCGCGGGACACAGAUUGGGAAGUACGACCCGAGGGCCUGGCCUGGGAUCAGAUCAUCGCCCAGACAUAUAUCUUGGACGAGAUCAAUGAGUUCUUCACUAUGGUGCUAGAUGUCCCUUGUAUGCUGGCGCGCUUUCCACCCGGUGGGCAGGAGUCCAAUAAGAGCGCCAGGCACUCCAAGGCUCAUCUGCAAAAACAUCAGAAGAAUUACAGCGGCAGAGACAGCAGCUAUGAAAGGCUCGCUUUACCAGCUGUGCCGACCAUCACACCGCCCUCGCCCCCGGAGUCUGAUGUUGAAGAACACAAACGGCGGAAGAUCUUACUGUCAAAUGAGUCGCCAAUAUUAGCCAUCAAUACGGCCAGCUUGCGAGCUCUCAACAAAAGCAUUGUCGAGAAUGGAGGCAAAGAAAUUCCGUCCACGGUAUUUAGAGCAAACAUCAUGUUUGACUCCCCCAGCAACAUAGAGAAUAGCCCUGAACUUGCUUACGCGGAAGACAACUGGAGCAAAGCCCGAAUCGGACAGCAGGACUUCAAGAUGCUCGGCUCCUGCCGCCGCUGCCACAUGGUUUGCAUCAACCAGGAUACAGCGGAAAAGAGUCAGGAGCCUUUCGUUACGCUGUCGAAGACGAGGAGAUUCGAUGGCAAGGUCUUCUUCGGGACGCAUAUGUGUCAUGUACCGCAGCAAGGUCAGGCGACGGCAGCUUCGACGAGGGAGUCGCAGUAUCCGACUGUGAGGGUGGGCGACCGUGUGGUAGUGGAAUAA